UCAAACAAGCCAGUUCAAUCCUUGAUCAUUGGCAAGCUCGGCAGCCUCUGGUACAUACCUGAAGAUGGCGCCCUCUAGCAAGGUGGUGUUCAUGUUGCUCCUCAUGACCUUGGUAUUCAGCCAUGGUCAGGCUUCAGCCAACGGAGAGACCAUCACGGAGAAGAUACAGCAUGGGUUCACGGAGGUCACAACUACUGCUGAGAAACUCAAAGUUGCAGCGGAGAAGAUCGACAUCGACAAUGCUCCCCAACAGGGAAUCACUAUCGCUCAGGGACUGACAGCCAUCACUGCCAAGCUUGCUCAUGUUAUCGAAAACGUGAAUAAUGAGACAUUACCUGCACUUGCAGAUGCGGAUGCAAAGCUCAUUGUGAAGGCCCUCGAGAAUUUUGUGAAAAUUCACCAGGCAAUGCUGACAGUUGUCAUGGAGAAGAAUGAGCUCCCGACUAUGAUUGCCUGCUCCUUCCCUAUCAGGAUGACACUUGUAAGCAUGGACUUCGCGCUCGAAGUCUUUGCCUCUGAUCUGAUAGCGCUCAUUCCAACCCAAAAGCGAUAUGCAGAGAAGCAAUUUUCUAGCCUCCAUGAGUUGCUGAAAGACACCUUGAACAGGUACAGCGUCUCCUUCGGAUCAGCUGAAUCAGACGCUGCGCUCACCGCUACUACAGAGAAGAUCGUCGAGGGACUGAAGACUGUCACGGAUAUGUCCGAUCAGCUCAGAGUUGCGACCCAGAAGAUCAACAUCUUCAACGCUCCUCAGCAGGGAGCAGUGAUCGCCAGCGGAUUUGCAACCAUCAUUCAGAAGGUUUCUGAGGGAAUCGUCAGGGUGGACCGAGUCACUUCAGGUCCGCUUCCCGAUGCUGAUGCCCAGCUCGUAGUGGACGCCCUCACCACAUUCGUGCAGGUCCACCAGGCCUUGCUGAAUGUGGUGAUUGGCAAGCACGGCAUCCUUACGAUGAUUCCGUUCUUCGAGCCCAUCAGAAUGGCACUUGUGGGUCUGGAAGCUGUCAUCGACAGGUUGGCGUUCGACUUGAUUGCUCUAAUUCCUACUCAGAAAUCCUCCGCAACCAUUCAGUUCCAGAAGCUGGACGUCACGUUGAAAGACGCCGAGGACACCUACAGCUUCCCGCUGGCAUCCGCGGAAUCUGAUGCUGCUCUCACUGCCACCACAGAGAAGAUCGUCGAGGGACUGAAGACUGUCACAGAUAUGUCCGCUCAGCUGCGAGUUGCGACCCAGAAGAUCAACAUUUUCAACGCUCCUCAGCAGGGAGCGGUCAUCGCCAGCGGAUUUGCAGUCAUCAUUCAGAAGGUGUCUGAGGGAAUCGUGAGGGUGGACCGAGUCACUUCAGGACCCCUUCCGGACGCUGAUGCCCAGAUCGUAGUGGACGCCCUCACCACAUUCGUGCAGGUCCACCAGGCCUUGCUGAAUGUGGUGAUUGGCAAGCACGGUAUUCUUACGAUGAUUCCGUUCUUCGAGCCCAUCAGAAGGGCACUUGUGAGUCUGGAAGCUGUCAUCGAUAGGUUGGCGUUCGACCUGAUUGCUCUUAUUCCUACUCAGAAAUCCUCCGCAACCAUUCAGUUCCAGAAGCUGGACGUCACGUUGAAAGACGCCGAGGACACCUACAGCUUCCCGCUGGCAUCCGCUGAAUCUGAUGCUGCUCUCACUGCCACCACAGAGAAGAUCGUCGAGGGACUGAAGACUGUCACAGAUAUGUCCGCUCAGCUGCGAGUUGCGACCCAGAAGAUCAACAUUUUCAACGCUCCUCAGCAGGGAGCGGUCAUCGCCAGCGGAUUUGCAGUCAUCAUUCAGAAGGUGUCUGAGGGAAUCGUGAGGGUGGACCGAGUCACUUCAGGACCCCUUCCGGACGCUGAUGCCCAGAUCGUAGUGGACGCCCUCACCACAUUCGUGCAGGUCCACCAGGCCUUGCUGAAUGUGGUGAUUGGCAAGCACGGUAUUCUUACGAUGAUUCCGUUCUUCGAGCCCAUCAGAAGGGCACUUGUGAGUCUGGAAGCUGUCAUCGAUAGGUUGGCGUUCGACCUGAUUGCUCUUAUUCCUACUCAGAAAUCCUCCGCAACCAUUCAGUUCCAGAAGCUGGACGUCACGUUGAAAGACGCCGAGGACACCUACAGCUUCCCGCUGGCAUCCGCUGAAUCUGAUGCUGCUCUCACUGCCACCACAGAGAAGAUCGUCGAGGGACUGAAGACUGUCACAGAUAUGUCCGCUCAGCUGCGAGUUGCGACCCAGAAGAUCAACAUUUUCAACGCUCCUCAGCAGGGAGCGGUCAUCGCCAGCGGAUUUGCAGUCAUCAUUCAGAAGGUGUCUGAGGGAAUCGUGAGGGUGGACCGAGUCACUUCAGGACCCCUUCCGGACGCUGAUGCCCAGAUCGUAGUGGACGCCCUCACCACAUUCGUGCAGGUCCACCAGGCCUUGCUGAAUGUGGUGAUUGGCAAGCACGGCAUUCUUACGAUGAUUCCGUUCUUCGAGCCCAUCAGAAUGGCACUUGUGAGUCUGGAAGCCGUCAUCGAUAGGUUGGCGUUCGACCUGAUUGCUCUAAUUCCUACUCAGAAAUCCUCCGCAACCAUUCAGUUCCAGAAGCUGGACGUCACGUUGAAAGACGCCGAGGACACGUACAGCUUCCCUCUUGCAUCAAAAACUGAUGCUCAGACAGAGAUUCUGAGAAAGGAAGUGAUUAAAAACGGAAUGAAAUCAUAUCUGGCAAUAUAGAGAGGAGACUUGCCAUGUAGGAAUUGACGAUCUGAAUACCCUCUUUACGCAGAACUGCGCUUUCUGCGUUCUAUUAUGACUGCUCUGCAGUUUAGUGAGAGAUCUAUGAGUUAGAGCGAGGACUGGGAUUUUGUAAUUCAGUUCGCUGAUGUUCGUUUCUGCAAAGGCUUAUAUACAAUGACGUGAACCGCAGAAUUGGUUGCUUUAACGCCUAGCCUGAUGAUUGUACUUAUGGUGUUAAGCUUUCAAAUUAACAGACAUGAAUGAAUCUCCA